AUGGGUGUGCGGACGGCGGCAGUCUGCGUCGCUUGUCCAGAGAUGCCGGCCACGGAUCGCUUCUCGCGGCUGCAGCUGGCGCUGCUUCUGCUCUUGGCCACUUCCUCGCGAGCUCAGCAGUUUGCCGGGCCGCUGCUGAUGGAGGCCCUGGACUCGAUCGUCCGCAACGACGACCUGCGCUGCGUCCCACGGCUGGUGUGUGAGUUCGCGGCUGGUUCGCGCUCGGCGCAACAGCUGCCUUUCGUCAACGCUGACUUCCUGCUAGCGAUCCUACGCGUGGACGGCGCGGAGGCCCUGGAGAGUUCCCCGCUGCUAGUGCUGGGCCGCGCAGCGCUCACCGGCGUGGCGGCUCGCGGCGACCCGCGGCCAUGCUUCGCCGCCUACCCGGCCUGCCCCAGGGACAGCGACCGCCUCGUCUACUACCUCAACAACCACAACGGCGGCUUCUUCCGCUUCUUCCGACAGCCGUACGGGUACGGCUCUGCAUACAGGCCUGGCGCUAGCUGGGAGUCGCAGAGGGAGCUACAGGAGACGGACGGGGAUGCAGAGGGCACGCGGACGGGCACCGGGGACCUGCUGCUCGACGCCGCCGACCUUACUCGCUUCCAACGACCAAACUCCGGGAAGCUACUGAGGUUCCCAUACAAUUCGGAGAGUCCAGAGCAUCAACAUAAGCCGCUGGGAGACACGCCAUAUGGAGAAGCUCACGUUUUCAACAACGGUGAUCGCGGCAGACGAGGAAGGAAAAUGAAGUUUCCGUCAAGAGGCGAAGUUGACGAAAAUUCUGGAUACAUAAACGACGUUCAAGAUAUAGAAGAGGGUGUGCGCUUUACCUCUUUCGGCGCCAGCAACUUGAAAGGGAAGGGAAUCAAAUUCCCGACAUUUUCAGCCGAGACGGAGGGCUACAUUCCAACUGUCCAGUCUGUUACCGGACAACAGCCCAGGGACCACAGCCUAAGUAAGGGCUUUAAAUUCCCAGACAUAGAAGACGAGCAGCACCAAGAAGAAUACAGUUAUGUUGCUAAAAGGAACAGCUAAUUCAAGCCGUUACUUACCAUAUGGUCAAUGGACAAGAUAACGUCUCAAAUGUUCUGCAUUUGUGCA